CGCUUUUUACUAGGGUUCUUUCUCAUGCUCUUUUUGCCUUUAUUUUUCUCUUAAUUUUUAUUAGAGCUGUUUUUUCCAUAGAAAUUGUCAUUCAUUUGUUUUUGUCAAUUCGAAAUGUCUUUGCUGUUUAUUUGAUCUUGUUUUGACAUGAUUUUCCUUUUCCGUUUUUUCAAUUUUUGAAUAAUUGAACUGUAAAAUCACUUGGGUCAAUUCUUUUUGUUGGAAAAAUCUUAGCUUUAGAAUAUACAACAAUUUAACUGUUACCUGUCAAAUUGUGUGACUGACUUUGUGGUAAAGAUUUUUCAGGUAAGUUAUAAAAGGAGGGUACAAUGAGGUUGGAGAAAUGUUGGUUUUGCUCCUCAACUGUAUAUCCAGGCCAUGGUAUUCAAUAUGUUCGAAACGACGCUAAGAUAUUUCGGUUCUGUAGAUCAAAGUGUCACAAGAACUUUAAGAUGAAGAGGAAUCCACGAAAAGUUAAGUGGACUAAAGCAUAUAGACGGCUGCAUGGAAAGGACAUGACUCAGGACUCGACAUUUGAAUUUGAGAGGAAGCGCAAUAGGCCGGAGAGAUAUGACAGGAAUGUCACUGAGAACACUCUGAAGGCCAUUCGGAAAAUUGAUAAAAUCAGAGUUGUCAGAGAUGAAAGGCACCACAAAAACAGGAUGAAAGGAAAGAAAACCAAGGAGCAGAGAGAAGCAACAAAGGAGCUCGAGCAGAGCAUUCAUAUGGUCAAAGCUCCUGCUGCGCUCGCCAACGACCCAUCUCUCACCUUGCCUAUCAAGGUCAAGGUUUCACAGCAGAAAUCCGAGGAAAAUCGUAUGGAGGAGUAAACAUUUCCUUUAUUCUCAAAACUGAAAUGCAAAAUCAUAACUUUCCUGCAAUGGUCAAUUUUGUCGGCGUGCGUAACAAUAUGUAUAGCCUUUUUGAUGACUUGUUAAUGGUCAUAACUUUGAGAAAAUACACUUAUCUUUCGUGCUCACCACCAGUGAUGACUCUUUUUUUGAAGAAAUUGUCAGAGUACUUCAUCCUGUAGAAGAAAUAUUUACUAGUUGGGAAUGUUUUGUGUUUUCGAUUAUGAAUUACUAAAGAGAUAAUUGACGCAUUUCACAGUG